CAACAGUUAACAAAAUGUCUAGAUUAAACGAAUAUCAAGUCAUCGGUCGUCGUCUUCCAACUGAUUCUGUUCCAGAACCAAAGUUGUACCGUAUGAGAAUCUUUGCUCCUAACGCUGUUGUUGCCAAGUCUCGUUACUGGUACUUCUUGCAAAAGUUGCACAAGGUCAAGAAGGCCUCCGGUGAAAUUGUUUCCGUUAACAUCAUCGCUGAAGCCAAGCCAACCAAGGUCAAGACCUUCGGUAUCUGGAUCAGAUACGACUCCAGAUCUGGUAUCCACAACAUGUACAAAGAAUACAGAGAUGUUACCAGAGUCGGUGCCGUUGAAACCAUGUACCAAGACUUGGCUGCUAGACACAGAGCUAGAUUUAGAUCUAUCCACAUCUUGAAGGUCGUUGAAUUGGAAAAGACUGACGACGUCAAGAGACAAUACGUCAAGCAAUACUUGUCCAAGGACUUGAAGUUCCCAUUGCCACACAGAGUCCAAAAGACCACCAAGUUAUACCAAGCUCAAGCUCCAACUACUUUCUACUAAGCAAUUUGUUUAUAACGGUCAUCUAAUGUUAUUCAUUUAAUUAUAAAAUUUCUAUAUUUGCUGGUUGUAAUUUUAACGGUUGUGAUUAUUGAGGUUUCUUAACUGAAAUUUGGUAAUACUCUACACUCCUAUAUAUAUUUAAACAAUAUAUGUGAAUUUAUAUACUG